CUUUGAAUGAAAAUCCAGUCGCUUUCCCCGCUGAAGGGACACUCGUKGCCGUUUCCUUGACCAGCCACGUCCCGCAGCCUGGUCCAGGAGCACAGCGGCGGCUCGGGGCGCUGAGUGUCCCCCCAGAGCUCUGUCACAGCCCCCUGUCCCCUGUCCCCACCUGCUCCCUGCGCGCUGCCUUCGCUUCCUGCGGCUUUAAAGUUCCCUCGGUGCGCGCAGCGAAAGAGGGAGGAGAGAAAGCGUUUCAUCAUCGCUCCCGGGAGCCGACUUAUAAAAAGUUGGCGCUGCCGCUGCCCGGCUCACUCGCAGGCUCGCAGGGAUUGCGGCGCGGUCCGCACGGGCUGCGGGCGUUGGGCCGGGCCGGACAGCAACGGGAGCCCACGCGCGGCCCAACGAUUGCGCCGGGCUCCCCGGGAAGCCCUCGCCAUGGGAAUCAACCCUGAAGUCAGCAAAUCCGCGAUUGACAUCCCCGAGAGCUCCGGCACCUGCCCGCGGAGUGUCUUCUGCAACAUCAAGGUGUUUGUGCUGUGCCAUGGGCUCUUGCAACUCUCCCAGCUCCUCUACAGCGCCAACUUCAAGAGCAGCCUCAGCACCAUCGAGAAGCGCUUUGGGCUCUCCAGCCUCUCGUCRGGAUUCAUCUCCAGCCUGCACGAGAUCGGCAACGUGGUGCUCAUCGUSUUUGUCAGCUACUUCGGCAGCCGAGUGCACCGCCCUCGUGUCAUCGGKGUCGGGGGGCUGCUGCUGGCGCUGGGCGCCUUCCUGGUCACCCUGCCACACUUCCUGUCGGGCCCCUACGAGUACAGCACCAUCAGCACUGGUAACAAAAGCCAGGGGCACGUAGAGCUCUGCCAUGCAGAGAACAGAUUUGUGUGCCCAAACACCACCCGGGACCCCGAGAAGGAGGCCAGUGGCAUGUGGGCCAUGAUGGUCAUUGCCCAGCUGCUGGCUGGGAUUGGGACCGUGCCCAUCCAGCCCUUUGGGAUAUCCUACGUGGACGACUUUGCCGAGCCCAACAAUUCCCCGCUCUAUGUCGCCAUCCUCUUUUCUAUCGCCGUGUUCGGCCCUGCCUUUGGGUACCUGCUGGGAUCYGUGGUGCUGCGGCUCUUUGUGGAUGUUGGAAGGGUUGGCUCUGUGGACCUGACGCCGAGUGACCAGCGCUGGAUCGGGGCCUGGUGGCUGGGCCUGCUCAUCUCCUCGGGCUGCCUGGUGCUCACCUCCAUCCCAUACUUCUUCUUCCCUCGGUACAUGGUGAAAGGAGAGGUGAGAUCUCAUCUCCAGAGGCUGGAAYGUCCUGGARCCAGGGAUGAUUCUGUUUUGGAAUUCUUAAAGAUUAUUUUUUCCUGUGGUUUCACUGUAGGAUUCCCAAAGAUCACYCUCAGGCUGCUGCUCAACCCCCUCUUCAUCCUCCUGGUGCUGGCUCAGUGCUGCUUCUCCUCYGUCAUCGCGGGCCUGGCCACCUUCCUCAACAAAUUCCUGGAGAAGCAGUACGGUGCCUCCCCAUCCUACGCCAACUUCCUCAUAGGAGCUGUGAACCUGCCGGCGGCGGCGCUGGGGAUGCUCCUGGGAGGGAUCAUCAUGAAGCGCUUCUCCUUCUCCCUGCGCGCCAUCCCGCGCUUUGCUGUCGUGGUGCUCGUCUGCUCCAUCCUCGCCUGCCUGCCCAUCUUCUUCAUGGGCUGCUCCACGGGGCACAUCGAGGGCAUCUACAACCCCAGCACACCAAACUCCCAGCAGCAGAUGAAGGCACCGCCUGGGUGCCAAUGCUCUGAGCAGGUGUUCCACCCCGUGUGCUGGGAAAACACCACRGAAUACAUCUCCCCCUGCUUCGCUGGCUGCACCAGCAGCACCACCAACUCCUCCAAACCCCAUGUAACGAUCUUCCAGAACUGCGUUCUGCCGGGGAAGAAGCCAUUCUCGACCUCCACGGGCUCCUGCCCGGUCAGCUGCCACCACAUGCUCCUUCCUGCCAUAUUCCUCAUCUCCUUCGCUGCGCUGAUCGCCUGCCUGUCCCACAACCCCCUCUACAUGAUGGUGUUACGGGUGGUGAAUCAGGAUGAGAAGUCAUUCGCCAUCGGAGUCCAGUUCUUACUGAUGCGGCUGCUGGCCUGGCUGCCCGCCCCGGCCAUGUUCGGAGCGCUCAUCGACUCCUCCUGCAUCUACUGGCAGAGGCAGUGCAGCCACCGCCGCUUCUGCUCCUACUACAACAACGACUUCCUCCGCAACAGAUACCUGGGGCUGCAGGUGAGCUACAAGGUGGUGGGCACCGUGCUGCUGGCCAUCAUCGGCUGGAAGGUGAAGAAAAGCAAGGAGUACAACGUGCAGGAGAAGGAGGAGGGGCUGGUGUAGCCCCUCCGGGGACGGACUCGCACCCCCAUCACCCGCCGCCGCUACUUUGUCUUGUUUGGGUUUGUUUUGCCUCGCACGGGAGCGGCUCCGCCGCUGCAGCUCCGGGCUCCUCUCCCGCAGCCCCGGCGCUCCGGGCCAGCUCCGUCCUGGGAAUGGCUUCUCCCGGGGGCUCCGGCAGCGCUUKCCCGGCACCCUGGGGAUGGGACAGCCCCCCGGCAGCUGGAGCAGGAGGCACAGGGGACAGGGACACACGGACCCCGAGAAGUGCCUGCUGUGGGCGAUGGUCCCGCCCCGGUGUGACAUUCCCGGCCAGGAGGUGCCUCCCCGGCUGGGACAGGAGCGGGGGAAGCGGCUGCCAGGUGUCCCCCCAGCCACAGCCCCCACSGAGGUCAGCAGGGACACCGCACACGCGUUGGGACAAGUCAAACUCAAGGGGUUCGUYGCAGAACAUUUGGGGUUUGUUGCUCUUUUUAUUUUUUAAAUAAAGGUCACUUUUCCA